AUGACCAUUUCAAUCGACGCAGCAAACGUCCCAAACGUAGCAACCGCAACACCCAAAACCUACGCCCUCCUUGACGCCCUACUCAACCCUCCAACCACUUCAACAACCUCAACUCCAGGCACAAACCUCCACAAACGCUUCCGCGCCCUCUUCACCCUCAAAAACCUCAACACCCCGGAAUCAGUUCACAUCAUAUCAAAAGCAUUCAGCGACCCCUCCGCGCUCCUCAAACACGAGGUCGCUUAUGUCCUCGGUCAAAUGCGAAACACCGCCGCUAUCCCGAAGCUCUCGGAGGUUCUGAAUGAUAAUAACGAAGAUCCCAUGGUUAGGCACGAGGCGGCUGAGGCCCUCGGGGCGAUUGCGGAUGCUGAGGCUUCGCUACCGCUGUUGAGGCGAUACGUUGAAGGCGGCGACCUGUUUGACACCGCGCCCCGUGUCGUGGUCGAGACAUGUAUCCUCGCCAUCGACCGCAUAGCGUACGAAGAGGCUCGCAAAAACCGUCCUGCUGCCUCUCAGACAGAAGACCCAUCUCCGUAUGCAUCCGUCGACCCCGCACCCCCACUCAGCGCCACAGAGACCAAGUCAACCCAGGAGCUGAAGACGAUCCUCCUCGACCCGGCAUUGCCGCUCUUCACUCGCUACAGGGCGAUGUUUGCGCUCCGCAACCGCGGGGAUGAGGAGAGUGUUUUGGCACUUGCGGAGGGGUUUGGAGACGAGAGUGCACUGUUCAGACACGAGAUUGCCUACGUCUUUGGCCAACUCCAACACCCGGCCUCGAUCCCUUCCUUGAGCACCCGACUCCGGAAUACCGCCGAAGAAUCCAUGGUCCGCCACGAAUGCGCUGAAGCCCUCGGUUCCAUUGCCACCAAGGACUGCAUGGACCUUUUAGAGGAAUAUAGGAAAGACGCCGAUGUGGUUGUGAGGGAGAGCUGUGUGGUUGGGCUGGAUAUGGCGGAGUACGAGAAUUCGGCGGAGUUUCAGUUUUUGGACGGGGUGGAGGUCAAGGCAUAG